AUGCAAAUUCCUCUGGGGAAGCCUGCAAUUCUCCUCUGGAUGCUGGUCAUCACUUUUGCUGCAGCCCUUAAAGGUAUCCUUUCCCCCAUAAAGAUGGUGGCAUCUGGUCCCAAGGAGGGGAAGGUCUCUGGAUCACUCCCACUCACCUGUACUGUAAUGGGAGCACCUCUGGAUAGCCGUCGAUAUGACUGGAAUUGUGUCCGUCAGGCCCCAGGAGGCAAGCUGCAAUUUCUAGGCUGGAUCUAUCCUUUUGGGAAUAACACAGGCUAUGCCCCACUCUUCCAAGGCCGAGUCACCAUCUCUGCAGAUAAAGACAAAAACAAGGUCUCCCUGCAGCUUCAUGCCCUUACAGCCUUAGACACAGCCACCUAUUUCUGUGCCAGGCAGCACACAGUGAUGGAGCUGGGUGUGGCAACAGACAAGCUCGUAUUUGGAACUGGGAUCACUUUUUCAGUUGAGCCAAGUAAGCAAGAAGAAUCUGCCCCAGAAGUCAUCAUGCUUAAAUCAAAGGAGCCGAAACAACAUGACAACAAACUGAAUGUGGUUUGUUUGGCAAGGACUUUCUACCCUAAGAACAUCAGCCUUGAUGUGCCCAAUAGUGACAUUGUAUAUGAUCUGAAGGCACCUCUUGUCUCAUCUGAGGGGAUGUAUAGUACCAUGAAGAUAGUUGGAGUGGAACCAGAUGCAGAGGUGACCUGCAAGGCUAUGUACACAGGGAACAAGACUACAGCCAGCAUAAUUCUGCCAGAAGAGAAAACUGAAGAAUUUGAAACAGUUAAUGCUUGCAACAUUACAGAUGCCUCUACAAAAGGUGUCAAAAUGGCGAAAGUGAAUAUGCUGUUCAUGGCUGUUUUGGGUUUGAGAGUCCUGCUGGCAAAAAGCAUUGCCUUCAAUACAAUCAUGAGUAUCAAGCUGUUUCUCUUCUGA